UUAUUUGGAGGAGGACACUAUUGAAGCCACCUGCUCAGAGCAAUGAAAUUCUUCAGUUACAUUUUGAUUUAUCGCCGGUUUCUCCUUGUGGCUUUCACCGUGUUGGUUCUACUGCCCCUGCCCAUUGUCCUCCGCACCAAGGAAGCAGAAUGUGCCUACACACUCUUUGUUGUUGCCAUAUUUUGGCUUACGGAAGCUUUGCCACUGUCGGUAACAGCUUUGCUACCUAGUUUGAUGUUCCCCAUGUUUGGGAUCAUGCCUUCUAACAAGGUGGCAUCUGCCUAUUUCAAAGAUUUUCACCUACUGCUAAUUGGAGUUAUCUGUUUAGCAACAUCCAUAGAAAAAUGGAAUUUGCACAAGAGAAUUGCUCUGAAAAUGGUGAUGAUGGUUGGUGUGGAUCCGGCAUGGCUGACGCUGGGGUUCAUGAGCAGCACUGCCUUUUUGUCUAUGUGGCUUAGCAACACCUCGACCGCUGCCAUGGUGAUGCCCAUGGCAGAGGCUGUAGUGCAGCAGAUCAUCAAGGCAGAAGCAGAGGUCGAGGCCACUCAGAUGACUUACUUCAAUGGAUCUACCAACCCUGGACUAGAAAUUGAUGAAAGUAUUAAUGGGCAUGAAACAAAUGAGAGGAAAGAGAAAACAAAACCAGUUCCAGGAUACAAUAAUAAUACAGGAAAAAUUUCAUGCAAGAUGGAGUUGGAAAUGAACUCGGGCAUGGGAACCAAAUAUCGAACAAAGAAGGACCACAUGAUAUGUAAACUUAUGUGUUUGUGCAUUGCUUACUCUUCUACUAUUGGUGGACUGACAACAAUCACUGGUACCUCCACCAACCUGAUCUUUGCUGAGCAUUUCAAUACACGCUACCCUGAUUGUCGUUGCCUCAACUUUGGAUCAUGGUUUAUGUUUUCCUUCCCAGCUGCUCUUACCAUUCUACUCUUAUCCUGGAUCUGGCUUCAGUGGCUUUUCCUAGGAUUCAAUUUUAAGGAGAUGUUCAAAUGUGGCAAAACCAAAACAGUCCAACAAAAAGCUUAUGCUGAGGUGAUUAAGAAAGAAUACCAAAAACUUGGGCCAAUAAGGUAUCAAGAAGUUGUGACCUUGGUCCUCUUCAUUGCAAUGGCUCUGCUAUGGUUUAGCAGAGAUCCUGGAUUUGUUUCUGGUUGGUCUGCACUUUUUUCAGAGUACCCUGGUUUUGCUACAGAUUCAACUGUUGCUUUACUUAUAGGACUGCUAUUCUUUCUUAUCCCAGCUAAGAGAGUGACUAAAACUACAUCUACAGGAGAAAUUGUUGCCUUUGAUUACUCUCCACUGAUUACUUGGAAAGAAUUCCAGUCAUUCAUGCCCUGGGAUAUAGCCAUUCUUUUUGGUGGAGGGUUUGCCCUGGCAGAUGGUUGUGAGGAAUCUGGAUUAUCUAAGUGGAUAGGAAAUAAACUAUCUCCUCUGGGUUCAUUACCAGUAUGGCUAAUAAUUCUGAUAUCUUCUUUGAUGGUUACAUCUUUAACUGAGGUAGCUAGCAAUGCAGCUACCAUUACGCUCCUUCUCCCAAUAUUAUCUCCAUUGGCUGAAGCCAUUCAUGUGAACCCUCUUUUUAUUCUGAUACCUUCUACUCUGUGUACUUCAUUUGCAUUCCUCCUACCAGUAGCAAAUCCACCCAAUGCCAUUGUCUUUUCAUAUGGUCAUCUGAAAGUCAUUGACAUGGUUAAAGCUGGACUUGGUGUGAAUAUUGUUGGCGUUGCUGUGGUUAUGCUUGGCAUAUCUACAUGGAUUGUACCCAUGUUUGACCUCUACACUUACCCUUCGUGGGCUCCUGCUAUGGGUAAUGAGACCAUGCCAUAAUAAGCACAAAAGUUCUGACUAUCUCAUGGUAACUUCUGGAAGGCAUUAAUAAUUGACUGUAAAAUGUGGCUCUAAAUAACUAAUGACACACAUUUAAAUCAGUUAUGGCAUAGCUGCUGCAAUUACUGUGAAUACCUGAAACCUGCUGUUAUAACUCAGAGUCCAUAUUUGUUACUGCAGUGCAAAUAAAGGGCAUCUAUGUGCCUUCAUCAAGAAGCCCAUGUUUGAGAUUUUGCUCAUGAACCAUCUGCAACUUGCUUCAUCAUAAGAAUAAUUUAUAACUUGACCUUCAAGGAGAUUAGACCAUUUGUUUCAUCUUGCAGUUGGAGUUCAAUGUAACAUUUUAAAUGCAAUUUAUUAUUUCAGAAACUUCCCAUGAAACUAAAAAUAGAAAAUAAGAUAUACAAGUUAAUUUGGUACUUGGAUAAAUCAUUUCCACAGUGUUGUUCAAGAGAAUUUGCCGAGAAACCAAAGCCAUGAUCAUUUGGUGAUGCAGAGAAAAGUUUAAAUGAAAUAUGCAUUUCCUCAUUUAAAAAAUCCAACUGGAUUAUUCUUAAUACAUACAUAUAAUAUGAAAAUUGAGAUUGAAGCAGUAAUUCCAAAAUUAUAGCCGAAUAUACUAUAUAACAGAAAACUUAUAGAUAAGGAUUUAUUUCUACUGAACUCUAUAGUUACAGUAAAAUAAUUCAUACUUUUAUGAUCUUAGCACUGAGAAAUUCAUUUUGUAAAGCUAUGGAUAAGGCUUGCUAUGAUUUGUACUAUUAGUACACUAUAGUUAGAAAGGAAAGCUAAACACUAUAAAACUACUAACACAUUUUUGCAUCUGAGUAACAACUUUUCUUAAGUGUUUAUCUUAGUCCAGAAAUGCAUAAUGUCGUAUGUUAAAAAUAAAGGGAUGUAGAAAUCUAAAUGAAUUAUCACAGUGUAUACAGACAUAGAAAAAUCACAUAACUCUAUUAUGUCAACACUGCAAUGAAAUUUCAGAAGAAAAAAAGAAUAAGAAUGAAAACUGCUGACAUAUUACAAAAGAGAAAAAUAAAUCAUUUAAGAGCAAACCAAAAAGAAAAAACCUAAACAUUUAAACAAAAGUAGGGUAAGAAUGGUCUUCUAGAAGUCAGGAUGUGAAAAAGAGCAAGUUUCCAAUUACCCUGAUGUGACCAUUACACAUUGUAUAGAGGCAUCAAAAUAUCACAUACACCCCCAAAAUAUGUACAAAUAUUAUAUAUCAACAAACAAGUUUUUUAAGGAGUAAGUUCUAUUGGCAUUCCAAAAUUAGGCUAAAGGAAAAAUGAACAAAAACGAAGUAAUGUGUACAGUUAGCAAAAGAGGCAGAUGUUAUAUCACAGCAAUUCUCAUGCUAAAAAUACAAUGAAAGACAACGCAAAAAAUAAAUCUUUGUUAUCUUUAAUCUUCAUUGACACUUUUCUAGAUGUUACUGACCUUGUCAUUUUUAGUCAAAUAAGAUUAUUUGCAGACUUAUUUUUGAAACUAAAUAUAGCAAAGAGGGUUUAAAAUAAUAUUUCUUUUUAACAUAUACAUUAUUAAUUGUCCAUGUUCAUUAUUUUUCUAUGUUUAUCAAUGGGACAAUGCAAAACAUUAAUCAUUUUUUUCAAAGAAAAAAAUUGUCCAUGUAAAACUUAAAUUAUAAUGUUGCUGCUUUGUAUAAAUCUUCUAUGUUUAUUCUAUUCACUUGUUUCUUUCCCUAUCACACUUUACACAUGUAUUUACAAUCUAUAGUAUUUAUUACAUUUCUGCUUUUAUCUAGUCAUUCAAUUUAUCACUGCUGAAUUACAUCAUAUCAUGGAUGCAUUUUAAUUAUGAAAAAAUAAAAUGACUUUUCAAAUUAUAAUGAGUAAAUUUUCGUCUCAAGAAAAUAAUGUAAACAUUUCAGCUUGAAUAAUUUUAAUGAAUUACUUCCAACAGCUGCUAGCUGAGUAUGUGAAAAAUAAUAUUUAGUGAAAAUUUGUUUAAUUCAGUGAUAUAGUUCUCUUACUAUAUAUAUGUUUGAUUGAUAUAUCAAAAAUGACUUAACUGACCCAUUUCACAUUUGUCCCAUUUACAUUAAAGUUCUCAAGUGCUUUUGGUUUGAGAGUUGCAUACUGUCUUUGAAAGUUUCCAGAAGGCAAUCCUAAACAGAUGAUCAAAACUCCUUUGUCUUCCCAUUCUGUGGUAGAUAGUGUUUUUGUCAUUAUCUUGAUCAUUACUUAGAAGUCUUUGUCACUUGGAAUUUCAGCAUCUUACUUAGAAUUGGAUCUUGUCUAGAUAAUAGCAGCAAUUCUACUAAGUGCCUACAUACUGUCUGUUUAUGCAGGUACUUGAAAGGUUCCACUGGCACAUGUAUAUCUUUCACUCACCUCAACUGCUGCUGUACAUGUCAGUAUUUCUAGAAUUCACACUUCUUUUCUCUUAUAUGUAUGCAAUAUUUUCAUCAUGGUGUCCAAAGCUUUCUUUUUUCAGCCUGGGAGGUACAUAAUUUUAGACAAUAGUACCAAUGAACAUUAUUAACAAAAAUUGACAAACAUUGAUUGUAUCUUGACAUGUGUACCAUGUAUUAUUAAGUGUCAAAGAGCAUUAUUAGAUAUAUUAUUAUAUCUCUAUCAUGGCUAAAUAUACGAGUCCUUGUGAUGACAUUUCUGUUCUAAAAUUUUGGUUUCAUUAAUAAAUUUUAUUUUCGCUUAUGUGGAUUUUACCAAAUUAAAUGUUUUUAAAAAUGUUUAAUAGAGAAAGUAUUGUUUUAGGAAUGUAAGAGUAAAGCUGAACAAAUUGUAUCAGUUUUAUUAUUCUAGCAUAAUCUAAAAAAUGAAAUAGUUAAAAUUAUUACUCCAGGGCUGUAUUAAUCAUGUUAUUUCUAGAUGAAUCAAAUUGUUCAGUAAAAACUUACUAGGUAAGUUUUGAGAAUGCAAAUACCAAAAUCCCAGGUCCCUAUUAUAGAGGCAAGACCAGAUUAAUCCAGGAGUAAACAGUAAAAAUAACAUAUAAGGGAGGCAGAAAUUAAAAGGUUUCUCCAAAUAUGGGAAUCUCUAUUUGUCUAGAAAGAAAAAAAACAGAGUUUAAAAAAAUAUAUAAAGAGAAUUUUCUUACUGAUAGUAUAGUGAUAUAGAUACAGGGUGAGAUCUUUUUGAAGCUAAAUAAUAAAACAUAUUGGAUAACAUAAUUGUGUCCACAAGAAAAUAAUGGAAGUCCUCAGAAGAGAAAGGUGAAGCACAAGCAAGAAUCCAGAGAUUUAAGCAAGAACUGAAGGUGGUAACUGCUGAUUCCUCUAGAUUUCUUAAUAGGUUCAUAAUGAAUGGGAAAUGUAAUAAACAUUUAAUCAGAAUUCCAGGAAUAUAUGAUAAAAA